AUGGAAUACUCUGUUAAAAACCCGGGCAAGGAGAAAUGUUUGGCUUGUCGCCUGAAGUACGCCUCACAAGAAGACUGGACUGACUACAUCCAGACCGGACCCCGGAAUGGGAACCUGACAUCGAGUGGCCGGAAGCGGCACGGGGGUUCUUCCCGGAGGACCCUGUCCAGAGUGGUGAGAGUGAAGGGCCCGGUCCGCUCCUACGAGGUCUCCAGCAAGGACGGGCUCAUUCGACACCGUCACAUCGACCAGCUGCGUCGUGGCACGCUGCCCUUGGAGCCGGAGGACCUGGAGGACCCCGUUGGCCCGGAGACCGAGGAACCUUUACUGGCCGCCACCACCACAGUCCCCACUGAACCGAGGAGGCUGGUGGUGGCCAGAUGUGCUUGUGUGUCCGGUGUGCCACCCUUGAGUGGACAAAGCAACACUUUGGCAAUCCGGGAAAUGUUGUCUCGCCAGACUGCCACUUUCUAUUUGUGCCAGCCGGUUGCCGGACUUAAUGGGAUGGCACAGGACCCAAACGUGCCUGUCCUGAGGAUCCUCAGUGCCCAUGGGGCAGAAACGUCUCUGUCUGGAGUUGAUUAUGAAGCGCCCGAAGAGGAAGAUAUGAAGGAGCUUGUGGCACCUCAGUGGCUUGUGGGUGACUCAGGGAGAGUUGAAUCACAACUUAAGAAACCAUCACAAUCAGAAAGUGGGAAGAAGAAUCUUGACAAACCAAAAAAGGGGGGGAAGAAGGGAAAGGGAAAGAAAAAGAAGAACAGGACACCCUGUGACGAAGACUUUAAAAACUUUUGCAUUCACGGUGAAUGCAAAUAUAUUGAACAUCUCCAGAUACCCACCUGCAAAUGCCAUCCGAAUUACUAUGGUGAACGUUGCAUUGAACAGUUCUUGAAGUCACACCGAAGCAAUGAGGCAGCCAGUCAGUCGGCCACCCUGUUGGUGGUGGUGGCUGUCGUCUUCUCAGUCUUCACUUUUGCUGUCGUCGUCGCCAUUGUCAUAAGGCAGGUAAGAAAAAAAUAUCCGAAAUGUGAAGAGAAAGAAGAAAAGAAAAAGCUCCGCCAAGAAAACGGAAGUUCCAGCACUGAACGAGAUGAAGUUGAAGAGGCUGUUGAUGAAGCUUGAGAGACUCCGUGGAGACAUGUCUGAGAGAAGGAAAUGAAAGACCUUCUUGAGGGUCUGUGGUGAGAUGCCACCUUGCCUGCUCAACAUGGAGAAGGCCACAAAGGGCAGCAGAGCAUUCCCUCUGCUUCUUGGCAGUUGCUAAGGAAUGCAAAACCUGCUGCAUGUGCAGGAAUCCAUAUGCCAUGUUUACCAGCAAUGGAGAACUGCCCACUAGAAAAUUAUCAUACAACUGCUACCUUGAAGACUUUACUAUUGCUUCUUCUUCUUUUUGUUGUCAGAGAGUUAUUUAAGGGUUGACAGAGAGAAUAAGCCUAUGUCUGAAGAGGGAGAAGCAGAGAAUUUAGAAUACGCUGUCUUAGCUGUCAUGUCUAUAAAGAGAAAUACUUGACUGACUUCCACGACUGCUCCCCCCCCCUCCCCAAAGGUGAAUGAUAUAACCAACAAGAGAAGUCUCUGAAUAAAAAUCAUGCUAAUGCAUCCGUGACUCCACCUGGGACAAAUGGCACAGGGCACAUCACUCUGCCCACACCAGUACCACAUUCAUACUUGGUGAGUUUUAUCAACAAAAGAGUUGCCAAAAAUUGCAGUUCAACCAAUUGUGCUGUCUUAUUACUCUCCUCUGGUCCCCAGAUCCUGUUUCCUACUCCAACCUAUUUCUUAGUGCUCAAACCAACUACCUUGUGGGCACUGCAGGGAGAUUGAUCCCACCUGAGGCCCCACUGGGAUGCUGCUUGAUAGAAGGUGCCCACUUAUGGAAAAUGUUACCUUGCCUCAACCACAGAAGGUUAUUCCAGCAUUCUUGGAAGAAUAAUUGUGGAAGUAUAGCUAGUAGUUGUUGCAGAUUUUCCGGGCGGUAUCUACAACAACUAAUGAACUCCGGCCGUGAAGGCCUUCAAUAACGUAUAGUAGAUUUGCUUGAUAGUUUGAAGUACAGUCUACCUGCUUCUAUGAAAGUUAGUGGAAGCAGAGCUGUCUUGAUUGUAUGCAGUAUAGGAACCCAAACACAUUUAUUUUCCACUUCCAGAAUAGAUACAACAAUUCCUGAAAAGAUGUCUCUUAUUUAACUGGGUUUGUGAAAAAAAUUAUUACUG